AUGAUCUCCUCACUACAGCCUUCAAGACCGAAGGUUCCACCCUCGAACUCCUCCCCACCCUUAAAUCAACAACCUACGAGAACUUUUACAUCAACGCCCGGUCCGCCGACUUUUCAAUAUCUACCCCCAAGGAAUCAGAUUGAAGCUAUGCCUCCCACAGUGCCGUUGCCUACUACACUGGUUCUUGGCCACCCACAGCAGCAAUUCCAAUCUGCCAUGCGACAUCCAGUGUUCUUCACAGAUAGGUUCAAGAAAGCUCCGCCGGGUGUGAAUUCCGGGAAUGGAAGUUGGUCAACACCGGUGGCAGAGGGCUAUGUGUAUAAUGAUGGAGUGCGGAAGGGCGUUGACGGCUCUGCGAGAUUGUGA